AUGAAUUAAAAUCAAAUACAAGAAUAGGAAUUAGAAAUUGAGUAGUUCAGAUUAUCAAAGAUUAUAAAGACUUUGAGUAAAACAAAAGUAAUAGGAACAAGUGCUGUAUCUUUAUACAUUCCACCAAAAAAAAUAAUUUCAGAUAUCACAAAUAGAUUAAACACACAAUUUUCUGAGGCUGCAUCAAUAUAAGAUAAGGUAAAUCGGACUUCAGUCUAAGAUUCAAUUUAAGGAGCUGUUUUAAAAUUAAAAAAAUACACUAAGGCCCCAGCAUCAGGAUUAGUAUUGUUUUCAGGACUAGUAGAAUUCGAAAAAGGAUAGAAAAAGAUAUCAUAUGUCAUAGAACCAUUUAGACCAUUACAACUUUCCUUGUUUUUUUGCGACAACUAUUUUCAUAUUGAAUAGUUGGAGCCUCUCUUAAAAUUAGAGCCAUCAUAUGGAUUUAUCAUCAUGGAUGGAAAUGGAGCUUUAUUUGGAAAGGUUUAAGGGAUAAGCAAGGAAACACUGAAAUCGUUUAAUGUCGACUUACCAAAGAAGCACAAUAAAGGAGGACAAUCUUCUUUAAGAUUCUCCAGAAUAAGAUAUUGGGCGAGACAUAAUUAUUUGAUAAAGGUUAGCGAGCAAGCUAAGAAUUGUUUUAUUUCUGAUGAUAAGCCAACUAUUAAGGGCUUAGUCUUAGCAGGAAUAGCGGACUUCAAGAAUAAAUUAGCCGAGUCUCCCGCACUGGAUAAAAGAUUGCAGCCCUUAAUUCUAUCAAUAGUAGAUGUUAAUUAUGGAGGGGAGAACGGUUUCAAUUAAGCAAUUUAGUAUUCUUAAGAAGUAUUGUAAAACUAGAAACUUCAGAGAGAGAAGGAUUUAGUGGCUAAAUUCUUUUUGAGUCUUGACCUUGAUAAUGGAAAGUCAGUGUAUGGGGUUGUUGAUACCAUGAAAGCAAUAGAACAAGAAUUGGUGAAAUAAGUGAUCUGUAUCUAAACAUUGGAGUACUCUAGAGUAGAAUGCAUCAGCAAAUAGACUGGAGUGAAAUCAAUAAAGUAUCUUAAAGGAUUAGACUUAUAUGAACAAGGAAGUCUUUUCGAAGACAAUAAAGGAGAGCAAUUUCAAGUUACAUCUUGUCAGGAUCUUGUUGAAUAUCUAGCAGAAAACUAUAGAGAAAAAGGAAUAGACUUCCAGUUGAUUUCGGAUAAUAGUGCUGAGGGGCAUUAAUUUUAUAAAGGAUUUGGAGGGAUGGCUGGGUUUUUUAGAUUCAGCAUGAAAAUGUAAUAUAACAUGGAUUCAGAGGAGGAAUGGAAAUCAGAAGAUGAUGAAUUUAUAUGA